UGUUGGGGGUAAUGAACAAAUGAGGUAUAAAAACGAACCCAACCAAACCAUACAAAGCUCAAAUCCGAACACUCUUCGGAAUCAAAUUCCUAAUGUCAAAAUGCGUUGAAUUCAUUCAUUCUUCAAAUUGAAUCCCAACAACCACUUUCUUCUCUUCUGUUAAUUUUUUAGGGUUUCCAAAAUCCACACAAAAUUCCAUGGGUGUCUCUUUCAAGGUCUCAAAAACUGGCACUAGGUUUCGCCCUAAACCCCUUCCCCUUCAACCUUCUCAGGAUGAUCAAUCUCAGAGUGAUCUUGUUGAGGCUGGUGAAAACAUUGCUCAGAUGCAGAAUUCAUCGAUUUCGUCUGAAAAGCUUUCAUUAAUAGCAGACAAGGAAGCUUCUUUUACUCUGAACCUGUUCCCAAAUGGUUAUUCUAUUGGAAAACCGAGCGAGAAUGGUGCUGCAAAUCAGUCGUUACCGAAGUUGUUACUUCCGUAUGACAGGUCAUCUGAAACCCUUUUCUUGGCCAUUGAGUCAGGUCACUUGCCUGGGGACAUUCUGGAUGAUAUACCUGCCAAGUAUGUUGAUGGAGCACUGAUAUGCGAGGUGCGUGAUUAUCGGAGAUGCUCUUCUGAAAAGGGAGCUGGCACUGUGUCUGUGGAAAGUUCUCCUACUGUGAAUAAAAUAAGCCUCAGGAUGUCAUUGGAAAAUAUUGUGAAGGACAUCCCAUCUAUUACUGACAAGUCUUGGACAUAUGGUGAUCUAAUGGAAGUUGAAUCGAAGAUACUGAAAGCACUACAGCCAAACCUUCUUCUAGAUCCUACUCCAAAGUUAGAUCGGCUGUGUGAAAGUCCACUUCCAACAAAGCUCAAUUUGCAGAGAAAGCGAUUAAGGAAUAUCCCAGAGUUCGCUGUCACUUCUAGCAAUAGAAUCCAUGGGAAAAAAGUAUGCAUAGAUAGAGUGCAAGAGAACUCAAAUAGCAGGUUGGGUGAUUCAGGAAUCACUACAUCUAAUGCUAUUGUGCAACAGACUCUUGAAAAUCCAGCAAUGCAAAAUCUUAAUCCAAGCAUUGCCAUGGCCAUGCGAUCUAAUAAUAUUAUACCAGAUUCUUCCAUCCCAGGCUUUUCUAUGAUGUCCCAUCAAUCAAGAUAUCCAAUGGCUGUUGGAACUCCAAGAAGUUUGCAGGAGCAUGGAUCAAUUUCUGGUAUUAAUUCAUCCGGGGCUUCUCCUGCUGCACAAGAUGUCAUGAUUUCAUAUGCUGAUAAUCCAAAUGCGAGUGUCUCUCUUAAUGCAAAAAGAGAGCAUCCGGAUGGACAAUCAUCACCUUUAUCGAAUAUUGCAAAAAGAAUGAGGUCUGCUUCGACGGGUGUCGAUGCAUUGCAGCAACAGCAAAUAGGCUCACAAGUUGAUGCUCUUCAAGGAUCUGAUAUGAAUUGGCAGAAUACACUAUUACAGCAACAAGCAAUGGCCAGAGGUAUUCAGUAUACCGGUGGUGGCUUUCAGAAGUUUCCUCAGCAGGUCUUUGAAGGGGGGUUAAAUCAAGAGACCGGGGCUAUUCAAUUUUCUUCUGGUCAGCAAGGCAUGAGGUUAGUUGCCAAGGAAGAACAAUUUGAAAUGGAAAGAAUAGAUGGUGCAGGGAUAAACCGCUAUAAAAGUGAGAUGGAAAUGGACCCACAACAAUUACGGCUUCAGCAAAGAAUGCCACAACAUCAAUUCACGAGACCUAAUUUCCCACAGGCAACCUGGAAUAGUCUGGGCCAGCAAAUUGAGAAAGAAGCUAAAAAGGAGGACCAGAUUCUGAAAAGGAAACAAGUACAAAGUCCUCGGUUAUCUAGUGGGGCAUUACCUCACUCGCCAUUAUCUUCAAAAUCUGGCGAAUUUUCUAAUGGUUCAGUUGGACCAAGUUAUGGACCAUCUUCAAUGAACACUGCACCUGGAGCCUUACUAAAAGAGAAGGCAGCAAUGGCUUCACUUACUGCUGCUGUUGGAACUCCAUCUUUGACUUCUAGUGCUAAUGAUUCUACACAAAGGCAACAACAGGCACAACUAGCUGCAAAGCGGAGAUCUAAUUCCGUUCCCAAGACCCCAGCAAUGAGUGGAGUUGCUUCUCCUGCUAGUGUUAGUACUGGUGUCCCAGGCAAUGCAAAUAGCCCCUCAGUUGGAAACUCAACUUUUUCUGAGCCAGGUCUUCAAAAUAUGUUCGAUAGGUUCUCAAAAAUUGAUAUGGUGACAACGAGGCAUAAACUUCAGUUCAAGAUGAAAAAGCCGGAUCAGCCUAUUAAAAAGCAGAAUACAUAUACACCGCAACAUUUGGCAGCUCAUCUUGCAAAUGCAAAUGAGGGAUUGGUAGAUGAGUCCAGUUCUUUGUCAAAGUCACUUAUAGGUGGUAGUAUGAACACAUGCAAAAUGAGAGUGUCAAGUUUCAUUUGGAAUGAGCGGGUAGUUCAAGGAAAUGUUGUCACUGUAGUUCCCAAGUGUCGAACAAGGAUGAUAAUGGCUGAAAAACCAUCUGAUGGUACAGUGGCUUUGCAUUAUGGGGACAUAGACGAAAGUGAUUACAUAGGCGCUGAAGAUCAUCUCCCUACAUUACCGAAUACUCAUUUUGCGGAUUUGCUUGCAGACCAGUUCAUUUCACAGAUAGACAAGGAAGGAUAUGUUAAGGAAGAUGACAGAUUCCAACUCAGGCCAAACCCUGUGAACCUUCCAUUGGGCAGUCAAUCUAGUUUACCUCCUAAUGACAUGCAGCAAUAUGGAGAACCAAGUCCGGGUCAGUCUUAUAAUGAAGCUGCAAAACUAGCCAGUGGCAGUAAUGCAUCGUUAAAUAUACCGCAGAACCUUGUAGCAAAUGCAAGGAUGUUGCCACCUGGAAACUCUCAGGCCUUGCAGAUGUCCCAAGCACUUCUCUCUGGUGUCUCAAUGGCUCAAAGACCACAGCAAAUGGACUCACAACAACAAGCAGUUCAGCAGCAGCAGCAGCAGCAGCAGCUUCAACAAAAUCAACACUCUCUCCUUCAACAGCAAAAUCCACAGCUCCAGAGAUCUUUGCUCAGUGCAAAUCAGCUUUCACAUUUGAAUGGGGUUGGACAGAACUCCAACAUGCCAUUAGGUAAUCACUUGCUGAACAAAGCCUCACCUCUUCAGAUUCAGAUGCUACAGCAACAGCACCAGCAACAACUGCUGCAACAGAACCAGCAACCACAAAUGCAAAGGAAAAUGAUGUUGGGACUUGGACCUGCUAUGGGAAUGAGUAACUUCAGAAAUAGCUUAGGUGGUCUUUCACCUAUGGUCAAUGCCAUGGGAAUUGGAGCUGCAAGGGGAAUAGGAGGAACUGGAAUCUCAGCACCAAUGACGUCUAUUGCUGCCAUGGGAAAUAUAGGUCAGAACCCAAUGAAUCUUGGCCAAGCUUCAAAUAUUAGUAAUUCUAUAAGCCAACAAUAUAGGCCUGGACCAAUUUCGAAUCAAGCUGAACUUUUAGCUAAGUUAAGAAUGGCACAGAGUCGCGAAGGCAUGUUAGGUUCACCUCAGUCUAGCAUUGCCGGCAUGUCAGGAGCUCGGCAGAUGCACCCCAGCUCUUCCAGUCUUUCAGUGUUGAACCAGUCUCUGAAUAGGGCUAAUAUGAGUACGCUGCAGCGAGCAAUGGGUCCUAUGGGUCCACCAAGGCUUAUGCCAGGGAUGAGUCUAUAUAUGAAUCGGCAACAGCAGCAGCAACACCAACAAUCCCAGCAGCAGCAGCAACACCAACAAUCCCAGCAGCAGCAGCAGCAACAGCAGCAUAUACAACAACAGUUGCAGCAGCAAUUACAGCAGCAACAACAGCAGCAAGACACACCGUCACAAUUGCAGGCAGUUGUUUCACCUCCACAGGUGGGAUCGCCGUCUACAAUGGGAGUUCCAUCGAUGAGCCAGCAAACACAUCAGCAAGCAAGCCCUCAACAAAUGAGUCAACGAACUCCGAUGAGUCCACAACAGAUGAGCUCAGGGGCAAUUCAUGCGAUGAGUACCGGUAAUCCUGAAGCUUGUCCAGCAAGUCCGCAGUUGAGCUCUCAGACACUAGGGUCUGUUGGUAGCAUAACCAAUUCCCCUAUGGACAUGCAAGGUGUUAACAAGAGCAAUUCUGUAAACAACAAUGCACAGUGAAAUUACAAAACUUAGAAAGUUCAAAGCCAAAUUCUUACUUGGAAGCGAAUGAUGACAAAAAUUUGAGCACCAAAAUCAGUGCUAUAAAACAACUGCAUCCUAAAGGAUCAAAUGACAUGGUUAUUUACAUAUAAAUAAAGCAUAUAUUAGGGGAAUUAGUUUAUGCUGCUCUAUAACCAACUCAAGAAGGAACCACAUAUCAUGCUAGAUGUAAAUAGCUUUUUUGGUUUUCCCCUACUCUCAUUGAUCAUCACAUGAAUGUUUGGGAUAUUUUAGACUAAGAUUAGCAUGUAUUAUUUGUACUUUGUAGCUCCAUAACUUUGCCCAGAGGUUCAAUUUUUAAUUAUACUUUGAAAGAUUAUAAGUU